GGGCUCUGCGCCGGCGCGGUUCCCGCCGGGGCGCGCUGGGGAGCCCGCGAGGCGCACGCGCAGUGCGGGGCCCGCCGCCGCUCCAGUGUCGCCGCUACCACCGCCUCCCAGCCGGCAAGUGUGGGAAGGAGGAGCUGAGCGCCACCGCCGCCGUUGUCGCCAUGGGGAGGAAGUCGAGCAAGGCAAAAGAAAAGAAGCAGAAGCGGCUGGAGGAGCGAGCAGCCAUGGAUGCUGUCUGUGCCAAAGUGGACGCCGCCAACAGGCUUGGAGACCCACUGGAGGCUUUCCCCGUGUUCAAGAAAUAUGAUCGGAAUGGGUUGAAUGUCUCCAUUGAAUGUAAGCGAGUGUCCGGCCUGGAGCCGGCCACCGUGGACUGGGCCUUCGACCUGACCAAGACCAACAUGCAGACCAUGUACGAGCAGAGCGAGUGGGGCUGGAAGGACCGAGAGAAGCGGGAGGAGAUGACGGAUGACCGAGCCUGGUACCUCAUCGCUUGGGAAAACCGAUCGGUGCCCGUCGCCUUCUCUCACUUCCGGUUUGACGUGGAGUGCGGGGAUGAAGUCCUGUACUGCUACGAGGUGCAGCUGGAGAGCAAGGUGCGGCGGAAAGGCCUGGGGAAAUUCCUCAUACAGAUUCUGCAGCUCAUGGCCAACAGCACACAGAUGAAGAAAGUUAUGUUAACAGUAUUUAAGCACAAUCAUGGCGCCUACCAGUUCUUCAGAGAAGCACUGCAAUUUGAAAUCGAUGACUCUUCCCCAAGCAUGUCCGGCUGCUGUGGGGAGGACUGCUCCUAUGAGAUCCUGAGCCGGAGGACCAAGUUUGGGGACAGCCAGCACUCCCAUUCGGGCGGGCACUGUGGCGGCUGCUGCCACUGAGUCCCAAGCUGGAACGCGCUCUCCAAGGCCUGUCCUCUCCCCGGUCUCCCGCCGCUCUCCAGGCGGCCUCCUUAGCCCUGACCCCGGGGAGGGGUGGUCUGUCUGCCCCUCCUGCUUUCCCCUGGAAGGGCAGGCUGCCGGGAGGGGCAGUGAGGGGCCGGGCACCCAGCACAUCCUUGCACAGUGGCUCCCUUCUCACGCGGCCCUCGGCCCUGAGCGUGGGGCUCCACGACCUCCCUGCCGCCGGAUUCCUGACAAGCCCCCUCCUCGCCACACACAGCUGGACGAAUGGAACGUUUGUUCCCAGCUUCGUGAAAAUCCUGGAGCCCUGGGUCAGGCUCUGGGUGGUUCCCAAAGAGGAAUGGACUCGGUGUAGGCUUUUGUGCCAAGAGGCUUCAGAGUGACUCCCCGUUUGGUGGAGGGGCUGCUCGACGGAGACCCUUGGAAGGUCUUUUAUGUCACAACUUGGGGAAGCAAGGGUGCUCUUCCUGGCUGUGCCUUUGUGGAUUCGCAGUUAGAGUGGAGUUGUCCUGGGGACCAGCCGGCUCCGGGAGCCUGUGGUUGUCAGCGAGGUGCUGAGGAGCCAGGAAGCAGCAUCAGGGGGCUUGUGCGGGGACCAUGGCUUCUCUGGCUUCUGACUGGGCUGCAUCCCGAGCUUCGCCCUGUGAUCCCAAGGCGGUGACCCGAGGUUUUUGUUCAUAGGAAAGAGUUGGAGCCUGGCCUGCUCGUCUCCAUCCCCUCUCGCUGCUUCCCUCUGCCUCUCGCCUGCCCCCCACCCCGUUCUGACUCUCAAGGGGGAAAUAACAUCAGGGAGCCCCUUGUCUUCCCCCUUAUGGCCCCUCGUUCCUGCCAUAUUUAAUGCUGUUUCCUCUCAUAUCUUGGUGCUGUUAGCUCUCUGAGGGUGGGUCUCCUUCCCC